UGAAUCGACCGUGUUCUGUCAUGGUAGCACAGGGCUGAAAAGGAGCAUAAACAAUAUUCUUCUCGCACAAGCGUAUUGCUUAUUUUCUUGAUUUUUAUCUCGUGUAGAAUGAAGUCGUUGAUAUGUGUGAAUAGGUCAGACCGUGUUUCACUAACGAGGGUAGUUUCUAAAUGUUUAGGUUGACAGUUAAAUGGCUUGUUUUAGCGUUAGCUCCGUGCUCAUAUCUGUCUAAUCUCUGCUAGUCUCCCCUGUCAGAGGCCACAGUGGGCAGCUAGGUAGCUAAAGCUAAACUACACCGAGCUAGGCUAGGCUAAAGACAAUGCAAGUUGAAACAGCGGGAAUGCGAAUCUCUGAAAGUGAAGGCAAGCUCGAUGUUCAUACACAGAGCUCUUUCAGGACGACCUCGAAAAGUUGGCAGUACAGUGAUCACAUGGAAAAUGUAGAUGGAUAUUUGAUGAAGUACACAAAUCUGGUAACAGGAUGGCAAUAUCGGUUCUUUGUACUGAACAACGAAGCAGGGCUGCUGGAGUAUUUUGUAAAUGAGCAGUCACGGCACCAGAAGCCCCGGGGCACAUUGCCUUUAGCAGGCGCAGUCAUCUCCCCGAGUGAUGAGGACUCGCACACCUUCACUGUCAAUGCCAUCAGCGGAGAGCAAUACAAACUUCGAGCUACUGAUGCUAAAGAGAGACAGCACUGGGUGAGCAGGCUGCAGAUCUGCACACAGCACCACACUGAAGCCAUGGGCAAGACUAACCCACCACUAAAGACUCGCAGUCUGUCCGCGGCCUCUCAGGGCAGUUCCAGUUCUCCUGCGUCCCAGCGUAAAAUCAGCCAUAACACCGGCUCCCUGUUGGGUCUGUCCCAGUUCCACCGUGGCUCCUCCAGCUACUCCAGCAAGCGCUCGGUGCUGCGUGACCACCUGGUGGAGGCUCGUGAGAUGAUGACUCAGGCACAGGAUCAGCACAGAGACCUGGUACAGUGCAUCGAGGGCCUGCCGGCCAGCCACAACCCCUCUCCGCUGGACCAGGACCUUCUGCUGCUUAAAGCCACCUCUCUGGCCACAAUGUCCUGCCUUAGUGACUGCCUGCAAAUCCUACAGCUUCAGCAAGUGGCCCGGCACAAAGUUCCAAUUGGAGGGCCGACCAUCGAAUGGCUGGAACCCAAACUGCCGGACGUUCUGAAGAAUGGUGGAACCCUGGCUAGCAUCACCAAAGACAGCAGCAAAAUGCAGGGCACCGCUGUAGAACCUGCUGAAAUGGACUCUUGUGACCUUGUUGGGGAGCAGGAAGACAUUGAUGUGGAAGAGGAGCAGGAAGACUCCUUUCCUGCUGAAGAAGAGGACUUGGGAGCAGUAGAGGAAGAGCGUAGUGUCAUACUACAUCUUCUCUCUCAGCUCAAACUGGGCAUGGACCUAACCAGGGUGGUCCUUCCUACGUUUAUCCUGGAAAAACGCUCUCUGCUGGAGAUGUAUGCAGAUUUCAUGUCUCACCCAGACCUUUUUGUGGCCAUCACAGAUGGCACCAGUCCUAUGGACCGUAUGAUCAGAUUUGUGGAGUAUUACCUCACUUCCUUUCACGAGGGCCGCAAGGGCGCUAUUGCCAAGAAGCCCUACAACCCAAUCAUUGGUGAAACAUUCCACUGCUCCUGGAGAGUGCCAAAGGCAGCAGCAGCUUCUCAAGGAAGUGUCCAGAAAGAGGGCUCUAAUACAUCAGACUGCUACGAUGUGAGAUUUGUGGCCGAGCAGGUGUCCCACCACCCACCCGUCUCGGGCUUUUAUGCGGAAUGCCAGGAGAGGCAGAUGUGUGUAAACACACAUGUUUGGACCAAAAGCAAGUUUAUGGGCAUGUCUAUUGGUGUUUCUAUGAUUGGAGAAGGUAAUCUGCACCUUUUGGAGCACGGCGAAGAGUACACGUUCACUCUGCCAUCUGCCUACGCUCGCUCGAUCCUCACAGUGCCCUGGGUGGAGCUGGGCGGAAAGGUCAACGUGAACUGCGCCAAGACGGGCUACAGUGCAGCCAUCACCUUCCAAACCAAGCCGUUCUAUGGGGGAAAGCUGCACAGAGUAAGCGCCGAGGUGAAGCACAACCCUACCAAUUCUGUAGUGUGUCGCGUGCAGGGGGAGUGGAACGGCGUGCUCGAGUUUACCUACAGCAGUGGUGAUACGCGCGUCAUAGACGUCCUCAAGCUCCCCAUCACCAGGAAACGAGUGCGGCCCAAAGAGCAGCAAGGACCUUAUGAGUCCAGGCGACUGUGGCAGCAUGUGACGGAGUCCUUGCUACAGAAAGACAUGGAAAAGGCCACGGAGCACAAGCGCUUCCUGGAGGAGAGACAGAGGAAAGAGGAAAGACACCGCACUGAGACCGAGACGCCAUGGAGGACCAAAUACUUCGAAAGAAAAGGUGAAGGCUGGGUGUAUCAUAAACCACUGUGGAAAAGCGUUCCAGUACGGAGCUCCUCUCCUGCAGCGCUUCUGUCUAACCCCUGACCACAAUUCCAGCCCCGAUCCCUCACCUGCAGGAGCCUGACCCCCCUCCCCAUAGCUGUCUGUGGGAUCUAUGCUCUCUCUUUUACAAAUGAAGAUACACACACACACACACACACACACUCAAAGACUCUGUUCCUUAUGAUUCCUUAAUAAUGUUAUAAUGCUCUGUGGAGAGUAGUGGACUGCUUGUAUGUGAGAUCAUAAUCAGCAUCCCUUGAUUCAGAUACAUCAUCAUUUUGAUCCACAAGAGAUCCCAGUGUGCACAGGCGUCUUUUUUUACCGUUGCCUUAACGGGAGUUGUGAAUAGCAUGAGAAUGUGCCGAUGAUGUCUGACAGGCAUGUAAGUGAGGAUUGUGUUUGAGGGUGUUUUAUUAACCUCUCUUGAGCUUAUUAUAAAAUGCUGUUAUUUGGCUUAAUUAUGGCCAAACACUUUUCCAAUAUGAGAGCAGUUUACUUGAUAUAUAUUAUGAUUUUAAGAUCUUCAAAGUUUUGUGCGGGAGCGUCUAGAUGUUUGACUAAAUGAUGAGUAGUAGCGCACUGUUUUUCAUUAGGGCUCGAUUCCAUGAAGCAUCUGGAGCCACGAUGAAAACAGAUUCACUGUGUCGGCCUUUGCUUUGUGCUACAGUGGUUAGCCGAGUGUUUGGAGGGAAGUGUUGAGAGCUGUAUUCGUUUUGGUAAGGCUUCUUUCUCUUUCUUGCUCGACCUUUUCCCUCUCUAUCCAUUGCAUCAUUGCUCAGGUGGGGGGUUGCCCUGAUUUCAAAACACUAUUCUGUUGUUUUGAAAGCACACACUUUUUCUGGCUUCAAUUAUCAAAUUUUAAACAACUUUAAACAUCAAACAAAUCCAUCAUGUCCAGUCUCCUCUAGUCUUUUUGUGAAUAUGUGAAGCUAUCAUACAGUAUUAUUGCAAUUUGAUCAGAAUUGUCAAAUCAGAUGCAGUGCAACGCUGUGUAGUUUUCCUUUCUUUCCUAUGUAAUUCUACCUCUCGACUGAAACUCUACAGUCCGAAAGGCAAUCAGAUAUAAGCCACAUAUACAGGUACCUUACUGUUAAAGAUGUUUUAGUUACCUUAAUUUUUUUGAGCCAUAAAAGCCAGCAGAAAUAAUAACAAUGGAAAACUGAAGAACCCAUAAUAUUAAAAGUGUGGAGAUUUCCUGCUUGACUGGAACAAAGCUCAUUUACUUUAAAUGCUGCAUUUUUACUUCUAACUGAUGGCAGUUCAAGUAAUCAUGUGUUUGACAGAGCACAAGUAAAGAGUCUCUUAUAUGAAAGUGCUACUUUAACCCUGGUUGGUUUUGCUAAGAGAUUUGUGGUGCCUUAUUUGUGUUGGUCUUCCUCCUGUUCAUGCCUGCAAACACAUUCGUUAUGAAACACAUUAUGUACGCAUCUGCUCCCAUUUCCCAGCAUCUUGGCAUAGAAACUCUGAAUGUUUGCGCUCUGCUCUGUACAGUUUGUGGUUUAACUCGCACACUUGGCUUUCCACUCUGGGGGCAGAUCACCAGUACACAGAUCUAAUCAAAAUAGAGUUACAUGACACUUUCAGUCGAGAAUCUCCGCUGAAAAUGCCCAAACCAAGACAUGCUGUGUCUGCACACAGGCUCUACGUGUGUAUCUCUCUGAGCUGUGAACUGCACUGAUGUUUUAAUUAUUCUCCUGAGAAAAGAGAUGAAUGAACUAAUAAAAUCAAUAAUGUAUUAGAAGAA